CAAUAAAAACUGGAACGAUUUAUUCACGCUCUCAAAAGAGACAACUCGGAUUUUCAAAACAUUCGAACCUAACAAAACCUUUUUUUUGGUUGAAUAUUGAAUAACUGAAUUACUUUAUGUUUAUCGGAGUUUUCUAUCGUUUUUUUUUGCUCUCUUCACCUGUCUCUUUGUCUCUGAGCAGAUGCAGAUAAGCGACAUCUGCCACGUCGUCAUGUGUUGACGACCCUCUUCUCAUAUUAAGUGACCACCCCUUCUGCUCUCGUCUGCUGACUGUUCUUCCUAUUCAUUUGGGUGUUCCGUUCUACUAGGAGACUUCGGCACAAAAUGGCUGAAUGGCAAUAUUCGAACAGUUACUUGGUUGGCCCAUUGAUAACUUUUACAUCAGCUAUCAGUUUUGUCAUGGGCAAACCCAGUACGGUACAGAAUCUAUGGAACCCUGAAGAGUUUUAUCCAGCACCCUUAAUUGCUGCACUUUUCUGUAUUUUUGCUUGCGCUUCAACCAUCAAAAAGCGAGUUGCAACUAGACCAAGCGACCUUCGAGAACUUGGUACUUCAUGGAAAAGAAGCCUUAUUGUAGGAUAUAUUCUUGUCAUUGGUAUAAGUACUGCCUGUCAAGUUACUAUUUGGAAAUGGAAUUGGCACCCAAGAGGUUCAUAUUCCUUGUUUGUCAUAUCAAAUCUUGUGAUGAUGAUGGUGUACGUUUCAUUCGUAACUAAUAUAGCCGAACAAUGUGUUUUUAUUUACCGCUGGACGCUUGUUAUGCCUUUAAGCAUCUUAGCGUCAACAGCUUACAUAUCAACGUUCAUACCAUCAGAAGAACCAGGAGACCGAUGGCUGUUCAACCUGUACUACAACGUUGUAACUGCUAUAAGUAUUAAAGAUUUGUAUGCUGUGCUGGUUAACGACAUUCGUGUUCAUAUCCAUUGGGAGAAAGAGUACAAUAAACUCAACUACAACAUAUCUCAUCAAGGUGACGAAGUUAACCAAUCCGAGUAUUCAAGUUCAGAUGAAGACUGGGAAAAAGUCGGAGAGGAUGAUUGUGAUGAGACGUUAGAUAAUUGUGAUAACUGAAUAGUUUCUAAAUAAAUUUCUAAAGAUGUUGCUAAAGGGAAACCAAAACGUUUUUUUUUGUUUUUCUACAAUUUGUUGUAUCAUUUUUUAAUCAAAAGAUUGUACAUAAAUAAGUAAUAUACAAAUUUGAUAAUCAGAUGGAAUUUUUUCUUCACGUCAAAUUUCCCAUCUAAAACUUUUCAUUUCUAAUGCAUUUUUUUUUGGUUUUUAAAAUGUCAGUUUUUCUCAUCUCAGUAUUUUUGUCAAAUAUUUUUAAUAUAAAUAAACGUAUUCUGUCUUAA